AUGAAAUCAGCAUUGUUGGUUGUUGUUUUGAUUGCCUGUCUCUAGGCAACUACAGUUUCUGAACUCAAGGAAAAACUUUCAGGAUAUGGAGAUCAUCCUUUUGGAUCAUCCAUGAUAAAUUUAGUAAGUGUUAACAUGAAAACAGGAGGAUCAUUAAAUGAAUUAAAAUAGCUCUUAUAAUAAAUUAAGGAUGAAUUAAUAGCCUUAACUUAAUUGUAAGAUUAAGAAAGUGCCACUUUUACUAGAAGAAGUCAAGUUGAUUUGGCUAAGCUUUAAGCCACACUUGAAUAAGCUUAAUAAGAUCUUGAUAAUUAAAGAUAAGAAUAAUCAAGUUUGAGUAAUGAAUUAAGUACAUUAUAAACAAGAGUAAAAGAAGGUAAUAUAAAUUUUGAGUAUUUCUUAGAUUAAGCAGCCUUAGAUCGUAAUUCUAGAGGAAGUGGUGAUGCUUAAAGUAGAUUAGAUGCUGAGAAUACAGAUUUCACUGCUAAAUACUAAGAUUAUAGUGAUGCUAUUCUUGCAUGUAAGGAAGCAUAAAGAUUACUUAUGAAUUUGAGAGGAGAAGGUGCAUCAUUAAUUUAAUUGACGUAUCUAAUUUAUAUUAUCUAUUUAGUUAAGACACUAAAAGUAAUCUCAUCUAAACUAAGGAGAAUUUCUAAAAAAUCAAAGAAAUCUUGGAAGCACAUACAAAGAAAAGUUCAUUAACAUUGUUCUAACCAAUAAUUGAAGGAUUAGCUGAAAUGACUACUAAAGUUAAUCCAGAAACAUUAAAUAACGUUUUAAGCUUAGUUGCUAGAUUAAUCACUGCAUUAUAAGAAGGUUAAGAUUAAUUAGAAGCUAANGAAGAAGGUAAAGGAAGUAGAAUAAAAGACAUUGUUUUAAUUAUUUAAGAAUUUAGAUGUAAAAGAUUGGGAGAAAUUGGAAGAAGAUAAGAAAGAAGAAUAAUAAUAGAAAAUGGAUAUGUGUUAUGAUAUUUGUAGAUUAAUUUAUGAUGAAAUAUUACCAUAUUCUUUGGAAUAUUAUUUAGAUGUACAUGUUGAAGAUGAUGAUUAUGAAGGAGAAGAUAUGGAUGAUGAUGAUGAAGAUGAUGAUGAAGAAUUAACAAAAGAAGAAGCAAUUAAAAGAAUGAAAGAAAGAAGAGGAUUCAAAAAGUGAUUUGU